AUGACCGCAAUUUCAGAUGUUGCUUCCAUGUCUCUUCCAUGGAUGGCAACUAUUGGAAUUUUCUCUCUUGUUGUCUAUGUGCUUCUGGAUAGAAUGCCUCCUCUGUGGCCAACCUCCAAGAAAGCAUAUCUGAUCGGCCAGAAGAGACCCGAUACGGUGACCUCCUUCGAAUGUCCUUAUGCUUACAUCCGCCAGAUCUAUGGCAAGUAUCACUGGGCACCGUUUGUACACAAGCUCUCUCCAACACUCAAAACCGACGACCCCGCCAAGUACAAGAUGGUCAACGAGAUCAUGGAUGCAAUUCACUUGUGUUUGAUGCUGGUGGAUGAUAUCACCGACAACAGCGACUAUCGCAAAGGCAAGCCGACAGCGCACAAGAUUUAUGGUCCUUCAGAGACCGCCAACCGGGCCUACUACCGGGUGACGCAGAUCUUGAACGAGACGGUGCAGCGGUUCCCGAAGCUGGCCCCCUUCUUGAUGCAGAAUCUGGAGGAUAUUCUGGCCGGUCAGGACCUGUCGUUGGUGUGGAGGCGAGAUGGCUUGAGUGUAUUUCCAACCUCGCACACCGAGCGUGUAGCGGCAUAUCGGAAGAUGGCUUCCCUGAAGACAGGGGCCCUGUUUCGGAUGCUGGCUCAGCUGGUGAAGGAGGACACGUCGAUGGAUGAGACGAUGACCACUUUGGCAUGGUGCUCUCAACUUCAGAACGACUGCAAGAACGUCUACUCCUCCGAGUACGCCAAGGCGAAAGGUGCGCUGGCAGAGGAUCUGCGCAACCACGAGUACUCGUAUCCCAUCAUCCUGGCUCUUGAAGCCCCCGAUGGGCACUGGGUGGCCAGAGCGUUGGAGACAAGCUCCCCCCGAAAUAUCAGGAAAGCUCUGGCGGUGAUUCAGAGCGAGGGGGUGCGGAAUGCAUGUUUUACAGAACUCAAGCUGGCCAGUGCUUCUGUGCAAGACUGGCUAUCCAUCUGGGGACGCAACGAGAAGAUGAACUUGAAAAGGUGGUCGGUUCCAGAUAGGGGGAUGAGAGGUGGUAUGAGUGGCUCUCGCGAUACAUACAGCGGCGUUGCGGUUUGA